CAAUGGAUUGCUUCCAUUGUUUACCCUCCUCACUUUUUAGAUUUACGUAUUUUUUUUUUUUUUAGUUUUAGUUUCCGAGUUUUUUUUACUAUUACACAGUUUAUAAUUUUGUUUACCGAUAUAAAAUUUACAUUAUUUAAUUUUUGUGUCCUAAACUUUUUACUAGGUAUAGUAAGUUUACUGUUUUUUUUGGAAUGGCUCCCAAAAAGAGAGAAAAAGAACUAGAUAAAAACCGAAUGGAUCACGCACAGGCCGAUCAUGAACUUUUCCUACAAGCAUUUGAAAAACCCACACAGAUUUACAAAUAUUUAAGGAAUCGUAGUUUGUUUUCGCCAUUAUUUUUAGUCAGAACUUUAAGUUACAUGAGAGCAAAUCGUCCAAGACCUAAACGUCCGAAAAAGAAAUUAGACAUUGAUUCAUUGUUAAACAAUGUUGAAAAUCAAGUUUAUGAAAAGAAAACAUUUAACAAACGAUACUUGACAAUAAGUUAUAUUGGAUAUUUUGAUGAUAAAAUGAACAAUACAAAUGGACCUGUUAAAAUUGAAACUACACUCGUGAAAAUAUGUCACAAAAAACGGAAAGAUGUUUGCCCAUAUACAAUGGUCUCUUUUGGCUUAUCAUCUGUUCCUGUCAAUCCGACUUGUUGUCAAUUAACAUCACAAACUCCAGUAGUGUCUAUUCCUGUCGAAUCAGUUAAUACUGUACAAGGAAAUGUAUCGAAAUCACAUCAUUUAUUAGUAAGGGUAAUAAAUGUAAUUUCAAAUUCAGAUUCUGAAAACACUGAGCCGAGUCAAAAAAAAAGAAGGAUGAGUAUUAAAGAGGGUAAUGGUAUAGUUAAAAAAGAGAUUGGUGCAAAUUUAAUAAUACAUGACAAACAAAAUAGAUGUUUGCUUAAAGAUGGUGAUUAUGAUUGUCUUAUAGAAGAAAUUAGUGGCGAAAGUCCCAAUUUAACAACUGGAAAAUCGUGUUCAUGGGAACGCCUCAAAGAAGUAAGAGCUGGACCACAAUUUAGUGCAUUUGAAACUCGUAAAAAGAUCAAGCUACGUUUAAAGUGGUCAACAGAGCCCACUAGUACUACUGUUGUUUGUCCUCUCGUUGAUAAUAAAGAAAAUAAUUGGCCAACAUCAAAUUCUAGAAGAAGUAGCAGUGUUCAAAAUGCAAAUGGUUCUCUGGAUUCUUCGUCCAAUAAGUUGAAAAUAGUAUACCAGUUCUUAUAUAAUAAUAAUAGCCGUCAACAGACUGAAGCUAGUGAAGACUUACAUUGCCCAUGGUGCACAUUGGAUUGUUUUACAUUAUAUGCAUUACUUAAACAUUUGAAGCUAUGUCAUGCCCGGUUUACAUUUUCUUAUGUUCCAACAGGAUCUGGUGCACGAAUUGAUGUUGCAAUUAAUGAGCACUAUGAUGGUUGUUAUAUUGGUAGUCCACAAGAUUUAAUUGCACAACCACAAAGAGAUGAAUCAAAGAAUGUUGGUUAUCGUAUAACUAGAGUUGGUCCUGUUAGACGUGCGGUUGUAUCAAAAAUAGUUGUUUGUCACCCAAAACGACUCAGGCGUGCUUCAUUGUCCGAGUUUCUACAUGAACUGGAAGAUACCGAUGGAUAUGAUGGCCAAAGGCCAUAUGUUACUGGACAUAAUAGAUUAUAUCAUCAUACCUCAACAUGCCUUCCUAUUUAUCCACGAGAAAUGGAUGUAGAUAGUGAAGAUGAAAGUGAUCCUAUAUGGUUAAGGAAAAAGACUGCAAUGAUGAUUGAUGAAUUUACGGAUGUUAAUGAUGGUGAAAAGGAACUGAUGAAGAUGUGGAAUUUGCAUGUUAUGAGAGAGGGAUUUGUUGGUGAUUGUCAAAUAUCAUUAGCUUUAAGUAUGUUUGUUGAAUCUAAGGGUAGAUAUAUACUUAGGAAAAAUUUAUAUAGGAAUUUUAUGUUACAUCUCUGCAACUUGUGUGACUUACGUCUUAUAAGUCCAGUGACCUUCUAUACAACCAUACAAAAAUUACAAGAUAUUUUAGCAGUUGAUUCAGAAGCUAGCAAUGUAUUAUAUGAAUCUUUUGAAGCUCAGCGAAAAUAUUGGCGUGAGGAAGGUGCUAAAAAGGCAGAGGAUCGUACUGAAAUAAGGUGUUUGGUACAAAGUCCAUUACAGUCAGAUAUUGGUACUAGACGUAAGCCUGCUGGAUCAUUUUACCCAUUAAAACUCCAAGAUAAAUUAAAAGGGAAAGUAAUUAAACAACAAAAUGGUCGUAAAGGAGGAAAUUCUACAAGACAAAAUCCUCCUGCCACUAAAAAUGCAAACAUUGUUGAAGAAAAGAAACUUGAUAAAAAAAGUGACAAAAAGGGAGGGUCUACAACUAGAUCUCAAUCUGCUGUGCGAGGUGAUAAGCCAGAAAAACCAGUAGAAAAACGUAAUAGCACUUCUUUAAACGGUGAAGAUCAUAAAAUAUCUGCAACUCUCACAGUGCGACGUAGGACUUUCCCUAUAUUGACUGAUAAGAAAAAACCAGUUCCUGAAAAAUUGCCGACAAAUGUGUCUGAAUCUGUAAGACGAAAGUAAAUAGGUAAUUAUUGUUGUGAUAAUUUUGACUAUUGUUGUAAAAUUAAACAAAUUUCCCAAUAUCUCUAAAACGAGUUAUUCACUACUGUCAUAAAUAUUCUGUAAGUUAAAAUACCAAGAGAACUUUUAGAUGUUCUUAUUUUUGUGAUCAUAAAGUUUGGUUUUAUUAUUUUUAAUCUUUGUACAGUGGAUAGAAAAAUCUAAGGAUUGGGUCUUAUAAUUAAGAUUGUUAAAUCAUUUUCAUACUAGUUACACCAAAAAUGAUUUAAAAUAUGUUCCAUACAACAAAGGAAUUCUUAAAAUAUGUUAUUAUUACUUAGGAAAUAUAAAUAUCAUAUUAUUAUGUAUUUAAAUUAAUAGAAUUUUAGAUGUUAUUUACUAUAUUAGGAAUAAUUUGUAUAGUAUUGUAUGUCAUAUAAUUGUAAUACCUCAGUUAGUAUUCAUAUGUGUGUAUUAUUUUUUUCCAACCAAGUAUAAUCAAACAAUGAAUGCUAAAUGAGCUAUUUUUAAAUGAUUUAUAAAUAAUAUAUAUAGUUUUGUCACAAUUUUUUUCCUCACAAGUUAUCAUGUAAUACUGAAUUAUUUACUGUUCAUAGUUUUGUGUUUUUAAUUUAUUUUAAGAAUAUACUUGAUUACGUUUAAUAUUACUAUAAAACUUAGGGAUUUGAUGUACAAUUAUAAAAAACAAAUACAAAUAAACUAAUUUUAAUACAUUUCUUGGGGGGUUAUGUGGAUAAUAUAUAUUUUUAAAUUUUCUUAAAACUGCUGUUGUAUAAACAUUGAAUAUUGUAGCUUCCAAAACAGGGUUAUUGUUCCACUGUGCAUUGAUUAAAUAAUAAAUAAUGUUCAUAUUUUUAAUGAUUGGAGUAAUUUUUAUUUACAUAUUAUAAACUAUAACAAUAAUUGUAAUAUUAAAUAAUAUACCAUUCAAAUUAAAAUAGGAUAUUUAAUAUUUGUUUUAAUGUAUUUUUGAGUAUAGUAUUCUUUGGUUAUGUGUUAUAAUGUGCAAUAUAGCAUAACAGCAUUUGCAUACAAUCACUCAUUAAAAAUUAAAAACAAUCUAUAAAAUAUGUUAGUGUUUCAAUAUCAUAGAACUAGUAUUAGCCCUCUGUAUUAUGUGUAUAAAUGCAGAUUGCAGCUACUGGCUUUACAGUCUUAGAUAAUUAUGUAUACCUACUUACUUUUAUUAUUUUAAAGAUUUUUUUAUAUAUUAAGAGUGCAACUGUUGGAAAUGUUUAUCCUAAUAAUUAUUAACUAAACAUUAGAUAUUAAUCUAUACAUUUAAAAUUGUAUUUAAUGGUUUAGUUAUUUAUAUGAUUUAAUGUUAUAAUUAUACCAAUGAAGUAAUUGGUUUUAAUAUAUAUUACUUUAAUUUCUAACACUAAAUAUAAAAGACUUGUAUGCAUGAACAUUUUAUUUAAUGAUCAAUAAAAUAAAUAAUUAAGUCUACAAA